AUGGCGCUCAACCAGAUGGGCGCGGGCCGCGACGCCCCGCCGCGCUGCGCGGGGGCGGGGCCCAACCUGAUGCAGCAGCUGUGUUUGGAGUUCCUCGCCGAGGGCUGCGCGGCCGGCGCGGGCUACUCUGGCGGCGAGCCCGCCACGGUGGCUCCCUUCGCGCGCGAUCUCGUGUCCUUGCCGGCGGUGAGCGGCGCGCCCGUGCCCCUGUGCCGGCUGCUGGGUCGCGACGGUCCUGAUCUCGCGCGGAGGCCCUACCUGGACCCGGCGCCGCGGCAGCCCGCGGCGCACCUGGCCUUCGUCGAGAGGAUGAGGGACGGGGGCAUGCUGGAGUUCAGGGCGUG